UUUUCUGCAACAGAUUCUAAUACUUUUCGUGCGGUACUCAAAUAACUCCAAAAAAAGCUAAAAAUUUAUUGAUAAUUAUUUAUAAUUUUAGAAAAACUUUGCUGUCUUUGGUCAAAUACGAGAGAGAAUUUUACGAAUGCUUCAUUGCUCAAUAUAUUUGCUUUUUGCGGAUUCAACGUUGCAUUGGUGCUCUAUGCUCCCUUUUCGGUCAAAUCUCUGAAGCCGCUGCAAUGGCUCGAGCUAUUGUGAUCAUGGGAGUGAGUGGCUCUGGUAAAACAUCAGUUGCUAAGAUGCUUUCAGAGUCUUUCCAUUGCAGCUUUCUUGAAGCUGAUGACUUCCAUUCGCAUUCAAACAAAGAGAAGAUGCUGAAAGGAAUCCCACUUUGCGACGAAGAUCGCUUUCCAUGGCUCGAAGCUCUUCGAGACGCCAUCAGAAAGAAGUUUGUCGACGGCGAGACCGUUGUUCUUGCUUGUUCUGCUCUUCAGAAGAGGUACAGAGAUAUCAUCCGGUCAGCAGAUCCAGAUUACAAAGCAGGCGAGUAUAGUCACUGCAAGGUUAAGUUUGUCUGCUUAGUAGCGCCUGUGGGAACAAUUGCUGAAAGGAUCAACAAAAGGUCAGAGGAAGGGAAUCAUUUCAUGCCAGUUUCAUUGCUACAAUCUCAGAUGGAUUUGCUUCAGAUAUUUGACUAUGAGGGAAUACCUCAAAUUGAUUCCACCAUGAAUCUUCAGCUUAUUUUGGAUCAGAUACUAACUUUAUUCAAAGAUAUUUAGUCAUUGUAAGUGCUAUAUUCUUAUCUGAUCCACAGGGAGUAGUUUCAUUGUUCUGUUGGUUGAUUUUAUCACCAUCAAACAAAUGCUAAAUUGCAGAAAUUCAAGAUUUACAAGUUGUACAAGUGAGUAAGGGUUCUGUGCAAUAUUUCUAUUUAAUCACAACUUGUUUUUUAUUUUUGAA